GGGCGGGCGCGGGCGCGGGGCCGGGCCGGCCCCGCCCAGCGCGCUGUGCAGCGCGGCGGCGUCCGCGGCGCCGGGGAAACUUUGCGGGGCGGAUUUAAGCGGGGCCCCGCCUCGGCAGGCGCCGCGGCCGCCCGCUGCCGGCAGGGCCGCGCUGGUGGCGGGGCGGCAGCGCCGGGUGCCGCGGCCGCCUCCCCGGGGCGGGCUGACAUGAGAUCAUUGUCGGCGGCGCCAGCAUGGCCUCUGUCAAGAGUUGCGGCCGGGCUGGGCCGCGGGACGAGGAGGCGGACGGCGACCUGGACCGCUCCUUGCAGCAGAUGCUGCGGGCGAUAGCGGAGGAGCGGAGCCGCGCCGGGCUCCGCCAGGAGAUCAGCGGCCUCGGGUGUUUCAAAGAUGACCGCAUUGUGUUCUGGACUUGGAUGUUUUCAACGUAUUUUAUGGAGAAAUGGGCCCCCCGGCAAGAUGAUAUGCUCUUUUACGUCCGUCGAAAACUGUCCUAUGCCAGUGGUGAUAGCACAGAGGGGAAAAAGCAGGUUGAAGUUGAGGUUUACCGCAGAGAUUCCAAGAAGCUUCCUGGCUUGGGAGACCCCGACAUUGACUGGGAAGAGAGCGUCUACUUGAACCUCAUUCUGCAAAAGCUGGAUUAUGUGGUGACUUGUGCUGUGUGCACACGAUCGGAUGGAGGAGAUAUUCACAUUCACAAAAAGAAAUCUCAGCAAGUGUUCGCAUCUCCUAGCAAGCACCCAAUGGACAGCAAAGGAGAGGAGUCAAAAAUAAGCUACCCCAACAUAUUCUUUAUGAUUGACAGUUUUGAAGAGGUUUUCAGUGACAUGACUGUGGGAGAAGGAGAAAUGGUCUGUGUGGAGCUGGUGGCCAGUGACAAAAGCAAUACCUUCCAAGGGGUGAUUUUUCAGGGGUCCAUCCGCUAUGAAGCACUCAAGAAAGUCUAUGACAACAGGGUGAGUGUUGCAGCUAAGAUGGCUCAAAGGAUGUCUUUUGGCUUUUAUAAGUAUAACAACAUGGAGUUCGUCCGAAUGAAAGGACCACAAGGGAAAGGACACGCAGAGAUGGCAGUGAGUAGAGUUUCUACUGGUGACACUUCGCCGUAUGGGACAGAGGAGGAUUCAAAUCCAGAAUCCCCAGUGCAUGAGAGAGUCACUUCUUUCAGCACGCCACCAACCCCAGAACGGAACAAUCGCCCAUCCUUUUUCUCCCCAUCCCUCAAGAGAAAAGUGCCCCGAAAUCGAAUUGCCGAAAUGAAAAAAUCUCACUCGGCAAAUGACAGUGAGGAAUUCUUCAGAGAUGAUGAUGGUGGAGAUCUGCACAAUGCAACAAAUCUGAGGUCACGGUCCUUAUCUGGAACAGGACGGUCUCUGGUUGGCUCAUGGCUGAAGUUGAACAGAACAGAUGAAAAUUUUCUACUCUAUGCACACUUAACUUACAUCACUUUGCCAUUGCAUCGAAUUUUAACAGAUAUCCUGGAAGUGCGGCAGAAACCAAUCCUGAUGACAUAGCAGAGAGCGGGGCACUGCCUUGGAGCCUUGUUGCCAAGUGCCUAACCACAGCGGUUUUCUGUGAUAGCACUACCAUCUAGUGUCAGGAACGCAAACCUCCACAGGAAAAAGGGAAGUCAAAGAAUACCAGCCAAACAAAAGUGCCUCUUUCUUCCUUCCUCUGCUGUCAUACACCGUCUGCACACUUGCAGUACAUCACUUCAGUGUUUCUGACUGGAAGAGGACUCUCAGCAAAACAAAACGAGAAGGGGCUGUGUUUAAAACAAAUCGAUGCUUUAUGAACAGUUUGUUACUGUGUUUACUUUAUAACUAAGAAACCAACAACAUGUACAGAAUGUGUUGAACUUUAUAUUCUUUGAGAGAAACAACUUGAGAAUUUCUUAAUGAUGUACUAAUGAACGUCGUUCCACAGACUCCUGCCUAUACUCUCCUUGUCGGUUUGGCUUAAUGUGCGUGUAAGCGCACAUGUGCGUGAGUGUUGGGAUUCAAGGGAUGAGAGAAUAGUUUACUACUGUGGAAGGUAAAGGAAAAAGAUGCUACAAAGAUACUUUGCCAUUUUGGUAUGUGCAGUGGGUCAGGUUGGAGCUUAAAAUAUGCUUAAAAUGUUCCCAUUUGUUUGUAUGUCAAUGUUAGUAGGACAGGUGAACUCUGCUGACAGAUUUCUGUAUCUACCAAAGAACAGCAACAUUUUCAUCCUCAAGAACUGUGUAAAAAUGAGCCAGUGGGGAAAAGGCUAAAAUGUGCUGCUAUAGUAAAGCUGAGGUUCAUAUGCCGUACUACUGCUGCUUAUCUCUGUUAGCUGAGUCGAUCUGAGCUCAAGUCUAAAGUGGAAAAGUAGGAGGCUCUUACCGGACUCCAAAACUAAAAAUCUUACCAACAUCCUCCUGCAUGCACAGGACUUCAGAGUAAGUAAAGAUGUCCUUACAGUAGUGGUUGUAACUAAGGAGGGCACGAGAGCUGAUUAACAUUUGGGCAGCUUUCCCAGAUUCUUCAUUUCCUGGUGAUGCUUCUCUGUACUGUUAUGUGCUGAAGCACAAAGGGUUUUCUUUAAAGACAAAAGAUAUAAAUGUGAUUCUGCUCUGAAAAGUGACUAAAAAUAGCAUAAUGGGAGGUUGGAAUUGUGUGUCAGGAGCUCUCAGACCAAAAAGCCUUAUGUUUACAGGUAAAAUGCAGCUUUCUCUAAAUAGUGGGACUACUGCGAUCUGAUCAACAGUGGUGAUAUGGGAGCUGGUCAGUACUUCAGUUUAUUUACAACUGCUUAAGUGGCACAGCAAUGGGUAGAGUAGCAUGUCACCACGAGCAUGUGAGGCACUAAUAUACGCACAAAGGGAGACCUGUGGAGAGAGCAAAGAUGCCAUUUUUGUCACUCUUCAGAUUCUCAGCCUCUAAGCUCUGCCCUGGCACCACAGUUACCAAGAUGGCAUGUGCUCUGAGCCUGGAUCUUUUUUGUCUCCCUCAUACCCAACCAUUCCCAAAGUGCUUUGUUGUAAUUCUCUUAGAAGCGUCUCAUGACUUAACCUCUCAAAUAGGACUUUCUGCUUUUUUCUUCUGGCCAGGUUCCAAGAAAUAGCUCCACUUCAGCAUAAAGGUAGACUAACUUUAUCGUUCAGCCCGACAUGAUGAAUCCAGCAUGGUAAGGAGGUCUUUUUUUGUUUGAGGCUAGGCCUGGAAGCAGUCACCAUUGUGCAGAGUGAUGGCAUUUCUAACACGGGCAGCAUGAGUGCAUGGCAGGGACGGCAGACCAGUUUUUAGCUUGCUUCAGACGUGUUGCAGCAGCAUUAGAAAAGCAUUCACUUUGGCAUUACCAGCACAGCGGCUGUUCACGUUGCAGACUUUGAACUUUGCUCCUUGGGGAGUGUGUGUGUGUUGAACUGUCUAACUUGAGGCAUGUAAUCUGGGUGCCUAGGCUUCCUACCAAAUCCAGGGAGAGAGAAAUGGAAUACUAAAUCAGAGCUGAAUUACCCUCUCCAGAAACCGUAUAGGCAGUCUAGGGGUUUUCCUGAGAUCCUAGGUAAUGUGUUUAAUGUCAGACAGUACAAAUAUUCUCCCUAUGUACUCCCCUCUUUCUCCCCCCACAAUGUCCAUGCCAAGGAUUAAACCACGGUUAAGCUGGAAGACCCUUUUCCAGUCCUGCUCUUAGCCUGUCACUUUCUGCACUUUGAUACUGCUGGGCUGAGCAAAACAUUGCAGCUUUCCUUUAAAUAUUCAUGGGGGAGGGAAUGGAGAGAGGUUAAUAUUUUCACUGCUACUGGCAAUUGAUGCCUUAUAGUCAAAGAGCCAGAGGAAUAACAAACUGGAAAUAUAUCCAAAUCAGAACGUGAGUUGUAGGAUCGUGAAUACUGCUAAGUCUACAGCAGUCAUUUUUAAUGCUUUCUUGGUGUCUGUGUAGUAAGAUUCAGUAGCUUAAUUUUUCUGUGGUCUGAAAUCCUGAACAGGUUUUGCUGCAUAAGACUGCAGAAUAAAUGGCAAAUGAAGAAAGAUUCUAAAAUAGUACAUUAGUGUAAAGGUAAUGUUACAAAAAAUACAGUGCAAAUCCCACAUCCAUUAUGCAACGUGUUAGUGCUUUGUUACAUCUACAGGGAUGAAUUUUGGUGAUGUCUAGUUUUUGAAGGGCUGUGAUAUAAAAGUCCUGAAGAGAGUUGGUCGAUUUAUUUUAUCUGCUAUGGGUACCUUGAAGCCUCACCUCAUUUGGUAGAAAUGGGCUACACAUAUGCCCAGAUGGACAUCCAUAGGAAACAGAGAUCAAAAAGUCUAUUGAAUGUCAGUAGGGCUUUUAAGAAGUAAGUAGAUGUACUGGACUCCCAGAUAUCUCCUUUCUAAACAGCUGAAAUAAAAUUUUUAGGUAUAGCACCUGUUGAUCACUUUCUGUUAUCGAGUGAAAAAAAAAUACAAUGUUUUGCUUUUAAACAAACCCUUAAUUGUAAUUGAUUGUCCUCAUACAGACAGAUCCGCAGGGAAGAUGGUAGAAGUUUUGCCUGUUUGAAGAUGGCACAGCUGGACCCUUAGCAUGCCAUUGCACUAUACCAAAAAAGAAAGGGAAUGUUAGAAACUUCUGACCUUUUUAAUUUGGAGGGUUUUCUCAUUCUGUAGUUCCUAAGCAGGAAGCCAACAGAUCUGAGCCUCUAAAGGCCACUUAAAUAAUUGCUGAGAAAUAAACUGGCGUGUUCUGCAUGCCAUAAAGACUUCAACAAAGUAUAGUGGUUGAUGUCUUGACUUUUGGAGCAGCAGCAAGUUUCAUUAGGUAUAUUGAUGCUUGACAACAGUUUCUCAUGAGAAAGCACCACACUUAACAAAUCUGGGAAGCUUUACAGAGCUGCUUUAUUUGUCUAAAGAAUCCCACGGCAUCUCAUGCUCAGUUAAUUUCUUCCAUCUUUCUGCCCAUUCACUUUUGCUGGAGAUCUGAGGCUUACUGCUUGAACUAGCCACAGAUGAUGUCUAUUGACAGAUGUCAAAUGCAAGGUUGUAAAUCUUCUCAACCUUAACAGAUUUUUCACUGCUAUCAGUUUAACAAGUAAAAAGCCUUUUUUGUUUCUUUUCCUGUUCUUUUUUUUUUAAAAAAGAAACUCUUAAAUCAGUUUUUUUUGUAUUAGCAGAUUAUUGCUCUGCUUUUGAGACCACAGUGUAUGUGAAGUUGCGUUCUCUUGUUGCCAGCCAGCACAGGAUGGGUUCCAAGUCUCCUCUUAAAAGAAGCCAUUUUUAGAAAUGUAACAAAUCUUUCAGCUGUCUUGGCUAAUCCAGUUUGUGUGGGUUUGUGUUCCUUCUCUUUUUAUUCCCUUGGUCUUCAUUGUUUACAAGGUUUGAACAUGUUGGGAUGUGGAUCACUGUUACUCAGUUUUCCAUUUCUGGGCACGGUACGCUUUGCUGAGAAGCGAGUAGUUUUUGAGGGUAACUCUUCAUAGUAAAAGGGUUUUCCCAAAGUAUAUUCUUAUAUCAAGUUUUUAUUUAAAAAAAAAAUAAAGUCAAGUCCUUGGCUCUGCAAACAGAUUUCUGCUGGCAGGCCCUCAUGUAUAGAAUCCCAUUCUAGUCACUGAAGUUCUGUGUGGAUGUGAAGUCCACUUAAAAUACACUUUUAAACUAUUAAACAGUUUCUUGCCGAUCACUAAUUUUUCACUUUCCAGAUGACUGUUUGUCCUGUGUUUUAUAGCCUAAAGCUUCCCCUUGUUAAAGAUGGAUAAGAUUUUCAGAAGUGCCUAAGCCCCGUUGUUAUCUAGCGGGGCUUAAGAACAAAUUUUUAUUUAGGAAAUAACUCAAGUAUUCUUAAACUCUAUCUGUAGUGGGUGUAGCAGCAUCGAGAAAUGACAAGGUUAGAGUUCUUGGAAGAACUGGACUCACCCUUCACACUAGAAGGAUUCUCAUGGUCUCCAAAGGUCACUAAAAGCUCUGGAAAAUGGGUUUCUUGUGAUCACAGCAGUCAGAUAUCUGCGAAUGCCUUAUCUUGUUUUGUGAGCUAUGCCUGGAAGAAGUGUGUGGUAUUGGUAUACGGAAGUUCUCUGUCAAAAACAGGUGCAGUAGAAUCCAGAUAAAAGUAUUGUUCAGUAAGUAGCUUUUACACCAAACCUUAAGCGAAACAGUGUUUUACACCAGAAUGUAGCUGUAUGGAUGCUUGGUCAAGAUAAUACAAGGCUGCAAGCAGUUUACAAUGUUUAAUGUUCUCUGUGUAAAUAUAUAAAUAUUUAUGCACAUGUUGCAUGGUUUGUUUGGGUUUUUUGGCCUCAUUGAUCAUCAGUGUUGAUUAAAAGAUGAUCACUUGAAAAAUCAUGCUGACACUGUCCUAAGCCCUCUGAACAAGGAGCAAGGAGAACCUUUGUGCACCAAAAAUGGAAUUGACUUUACGUGUGGCAGCAGCAAAGAAAGUGUUGGACCCUGCAGCCAAUAAACAGACCUCUUAAAUGAUCAUGAGUUUUGUUAAUAAUAUAUUAUUAUUAUUGUUGCCAUUUUACUAGUAGUUUCUUUCCUUUUGUGCCUAGUGGUGGUUGAGUUUGAAUGUAUUCUUGGCUGGUGGCAAGCCUGAGCAUUGGAAUAACACUCUGUGGCACUUUGAGCAAAGCCCAGCUUUUUGAUGAUACUUGUUGAGUCUUUUAAUGAUCAGCCUCUGACAACUACACAUUGUAUAAGGGGGAAGAAGUAAAAGGUCAAUGUACUCCUGAAUUGGUUUUAAAAGGCUUUUUUGUUUUUUUUUCCAUUAAAUGCUGGCAUUAAAAAAAAAAAAAAGUCCUUCUAAA